AUUCUAUAAUAAAAAAUUACUUUCAGGUAAGACAUAUUGAGUGCAGUAAGUGACAACACGCGUCAUAUGUUUAGUGCAUACAAAUAUCAGGCGUGGAUUGCCGAGUGACGGAGAAAACAAUAAGAAAUCGAGGUUUUCUACUACAAUAGAUAUUCCAAAUGACAUCGGAAUCAAUGGAUAACAUGACCUACCAACUGGAUUGACUGAAAUGAGCGUCGAGGGUCAAAGCUAUUAAACACAGUUUAUUAUAGCUUUUUUUUACUCGACGCGCGAAUUGCUGGGCAAUUUUGCUUCUAAAUGUCGAAAUAAUUGUGCAUGAUUUAUCCCCUAAAUUCACCCAGCAAACACCAAAGUAACAAUUACAUAACAUCAAUGCAAAUGUAAUAUAUAACAGUCAUGUGUUAUAUUGCAUUUAUAUUGAUGUUAUGUAACUGUUACUUUGCUGGGAAGAUGAUCAAUUUUUUGGGCAAAUAGAUCGUUUAGAAAUUUUAUUCCUUAGACCGCAGGUUUUGGCGAAUCACCUUAAUGCAAUCAUUGUGAAAUUUCCUCUUAGAUAAUGCACUCAUUACACAAUAUUUGAGACAUUUUCAAAACGCCGCGAGACGUUGGCGCAAGACAAUGCCGAUCAUCGUCGUGAAGCGAGGCGAUUAAACGUGACGACGAAUGGCGCCCGCUGGCAGCAUGGGCCGCGUUUUCUUCCCCGAUCCUCCCCAUAACAGAGUUGCGUCCUACCGCGCUGACGAGGAGACAGAGAGGCUGUCCGAGGUAAAUCGACGCCGUUCCCGGGCGGAAACCAUAACUUGUAUCCGCCUCGAUCUACAUAAAGAGUCUGUCGAUCGGCCGAGCCUCGGGCGAUCGCCGGUCAUGCCUCUCGUCGCGCUCUUAUUCUGUAAUAUCGCAAUCGCAAGUAACGCUAUCGAGAACAGUUAUCGUUAGGUGUCGGACAAAAGUACGCCUUUCUCGGGCAUUAAAUUUAUAAACUACGCGAAUGUUCACGUUACGACAUUGCGGAGAGACGACUGCGAAUGGAGAGAGAGAGAGAGAAGCGAUUGCGAGGUAUCUCGAUAACGGAGAAGAAUCGCGAAGUCAAAACAUAUGUAUAGCUGCGUAAAUGUGCCCGUAAUGAUUGACUCGAUAACGAGCGCAAAAGUGAGAAAUUAUUGAUGCCAGUGGACGUUUUUACAGUCGUUACUGCUACAAUCAAUAAUGACCUGAAUAGUUGCACAUUAUUGCGAUCGUUAGCGACGUGGUCGUUAGCGGCAUAAAACGUUUAUGUAAUAAUGUUCCGAGUCGAAAAGAACGAUCGGCCCUUUUCGUUCUGUUAAACCUUAAUCUACAAUGUGCUCUCUACAUCUAGAAAUAUUCUAUUUCAUACUUUGUACAACGUACAAUUGUAUAACCCACGCAGCAAACAUGUAAAGGUAUCUAGGAAAUAUCUAAAUAUUACAAUAUCUGAUGCAAAAAACUAUUCAGAUACCGCUUGGAUAUCUGAGCGAUGUCUUCCAGAUUCUAAAAAGUCAUAACUAUUUCAUCUGAGAUAUGAUACCUGAUUGUCUACAGUGAAAUCGAGUUUAACAUAUCACAGAAUAGACAAUGUGGUCAGUCCCGGCAUAAAUUAAAAAGGAGCACGGCCUCCAUAAAUCAGCCUUUACUUUUUUUUUACCAUUAUUGUAAACUCAUUUAAGACUCAUUCACUUUAAGACGAGAUCUGCCCCUGCGAGUAUCGCUCGUAAUAUCUGCAUUCAAUAUUGCAUCUAGAGCGUAAUGUUGAGUACAGAUUUACAAUACGUCCGUAACUGAUCGCAUUUUUUAUGUACGAGACAUAUAUAUAUUUCAAGGGCGAAUAUACACGUAUUUUAAUAGAAGCUUAAACAAAAUUAUCUAAAUUCGAGUUACAGUCACGAGUACGUGACGCGCACGAUGAAGAAGGCCGCGGCGGACUCGUCGUCGCAAAGCAAGAUCGGAGACAAUAACCAGACAGAUGAGGGAGAUUUAAACUCGACGUCGCGCCAUAAUGAAGUUCCCGCUAUGCAGCAGCAGGCGCACUAUACGUGCUCCUUGUACAUCUCGCGUGCUGGCAGCCUUCGAGAUCAGGGCCAUGGGAUUCCAGAUUGCGAGCUGCUACGGUCUCAUCUCGAGGAAGCUAUCGCCGCCUGCGAACCGCUAUCAACGUGGCGUGUCACUGAAACUCCGUGCGGUCUUAUAGCCGCUUUCGUGCGAGAAAACGACGCCGAGAAACUCUUGCAGCGCGGCGACCUAGCUCGAGCGUUCGGGGGACCUGUGCAAGUAGCGCGAUUCUCGGCAAGAGAUUCUCGAUAUCGCCAAGCCGUGCUUCUGAGAGACGUGCCGUGGGCUAUACCGCUGGAAGACAUAAAUUCGGCUCUGGCGAAGCAGGGAAUUGUCGCCGCGAAUGUCGAACGUUCGCGACAAUUUGUUCGAGUAGAGGUUUUCGACGCGGGUCAUUACGAGGCCUUGCUGCGCCAAGGUCUGGACUUCUUCGAGGUGGCUCGUUUCAAUGCCAUUCCAGAACGCUGGUGGCGCGGCAACGGUUGCGGCGCCGCGUGCUCGUCCGGUAUACCCGCGCGGCACGCAACGGGGAACGACGGUGGCAACGUUCCGGAGGCGUAUCAAGAUGCCGUAUCGCAAGCAGUGGCGGACAGCGUGUUGCAGUGUUACCGAUGUCAGGGUUUCUGGCACAUGGCCGCUAAUUGCAGGCACUUGCCGCGCUGCGUCCGUUGCGGCGAGCCGCAUAGCGUUGAAUUUUGUCCACGGCCGCGCAACAACCCCAUAUGUUGCCACUGCUCCGGGCCCCACCACGCCGGAUAUAGACAAUGCCCGGUAAGAUUGCAGCUGUCUAACGCGACUCCCGUGAGCAUCACGUUGAGCGCGAGCCGCACGAGGGGAGUUCAAUAUCCAUCAGCGAGCGCUACGAAGUCGAACCCCUCGUGCCACUCUCUGAGACAAGGCCACUGCUGAAUCGUCCAUGUUUACCCAGCAAAAUUACAGAGAAACGGCGAAAGCAUAUGAUUUUCGAAAUGUCAGUGGACGCGCAGUAACAUCUCUCCGCGUUGCGUAAUAAUUUAUCAUCGCGAGCGACGAGUGAAAUUUCGUGAUUCGCCACACCGAGAGAAUGUGAAAACACGUCGGUAAUCGCAUCGUCAUCGAUAUGAAAAGAAGACGCUCUCCCGCCGAGGCGCUCCUUCGACCGCGAAAAAGGUCGCGGAUGCCAUACGAUUUAUAUAUUAGACUCAAGUUUUGUUUUUUUUUUAAGAUUUUCACCUUUUA